AUGUCGAAAUCGUCGUACACAUGCAAUUCCACCUGCAAAGACUUCCCCAAAGAGGUCCCCUCGUAUGGGGAUAUAGGAGGAAUUGGUGUAACUCUAGCCUUCGUUAUUACGGCGUGGAUAGUGGUCGGUGUUCUCGUCGGUUACUAUCUCAAAGUCUUCGAUCCCAAAUUAGACCCUUUCCGAAAGGAGGGCACGCAGAAGUUAACCAAGUAUCCAAACUCGAUCGAUUAUUCGGUUCACGAAAUGCUACAGAGCAUUCCUUGGCUUAAACAUGAUUCCAGAUCUAUUUCGACAGGGUCUUCUAGACUUGGAACCGUCUUGAACUCUUGCGUCCUCACGUUCGCCGAUAUCCAGAUCUUCACAUCACUGGCGAUUCUCAUCGGCGCGUAUGCCUCAUCAGCCAUCAAGUUUAUCGUCCUUCUUGUUUGGGGACUCGCUAUUCGCAUCGCAAAGACUUUCAAAGGAUUUGAAGGUGGGCUGCGCAAAACUGCAGCGCUUCUAGAACAAAGGGGUAAUCGGCACAGAAGAGCUUAUUCGGGCUCGACAGGAAGAGACUGGGAUCACGCAUUUGCCCAUGCGUCUUGGCCUCGUCGUGUUUGGAGUUACUUUUCUGUUCCUAUUUUGAUCGGAUUCUACUCAGUUUUGAGUAUCCAACUUGAUCUUUUCACGUCGCUCCUAGCUGAAGUCUAUUGGUUAUUCUUUACUAUCAUCUGGAUUACGGCGCGCCUCAUCAAACUCCGAAUACCAGGCAAUCAAGACGACAGCAAAUGGACUUUUGGCCAGAUUCUUCCUAUCAUCCUUCUCGUCGCCCCCCUCGUUCUGGCAACCGAAGCCUUUUAUACGACAUCAGCGAGCAAAGAACCGACCAACAACCACCCAGAAAGUCCGGUGCUUAAUCCAGACGACAUCAGAGACCUGAGUCAUAUUCACAGCCCAGCGUAUCGAGGGGUAUUCUUCUUGGCAGUCCUGUCAUACAUCGAGAUCGCAGUAUACUUCGUUCCCGAUCAACCAUUAACGCAAGGCAUCGCCAUCCCCCUCAUUGUGAUCUUAUUGUCAGCAUUUAUCCUCCAGCCGGUGCUGCAACUAUCCUGGGUUGUCUGUAACCUAUGGCUUGACAACUUGGCUUGGGGCAUGCCACUGAAACGCACAAUUCGCGAUGUCGUCCUCUCUGAUGCCUCUACAGCUCCUUACUUUCUCUCUGGAAGUCUGGGUUGA